UCGUUUCCGUGAGAGUUAUAAAAGAAAUCUUGUCCGAGUCUGCAUUUUGAUGACGAGAUAUUUUAAAUCAUUUCUCGGGAUGUAAACGUAUUUCUUGACUGAUUCUGUUAGGACAGCCCUGCCCCGGGGGCACUGAGUCAGGAAUAGGGGAACGUAUCCCUCAGUCAUGUGAUUAAGGUGUGGCGAGUAGGCGGUGUGGUGCGUCGGGACGCGGUUCGUUUUACUUUACCUGCCCAAACUACUUUAAACUGUUAGCUAUGUGGGACACGCGCAUUAUACUGCCAGAAGAGGAGGGCUUUACACCGGCAAGAGAACAACGGCAACGUCAGGGGAAAUGAUGAACUAGAAACCAUGAUAUGAGCACAAAAGCUCAGCAACAAGUUGGAAUUUCAUGGUUGAUGUUUUUUGUCGGAGCGAGAAAAAACGGGAAAACGGAUUUAAAUAAACAUCAUCACUAUCUGUGUUGAGCAUAGGUUCUUUUUAAAUCGUACAUUUAACUGGUAUUUAUUUAUUUAAAUUGUGGUGGAAUAUUUGAGCGUUUCUGUUAUAGGUUUUUACGAAGCAGGGUUUAAUUUAUAAAGCAAUGGCUUUGUCUCAGAUCCAGUGUUUGGAUGACAACCAUGUGAACUGGCGGUUGAACGAGUCUAAACCCGAGUUCUUCUAUAGUGAAGACCAAAGACUGGCAUUGGAGGCUCUUCUUGAGGGAGGUCGGGGUGCUUUCGAAAAGUACACCCAGGCACAUCAAGUUCGAGAGUUUCUGUCAGAACUGGAGUUGGAGCAGCUGUUAAGAACCGCGGAGGAUUACAAGCCGGGAUCCGACCACUCUAAAGGAGACGUGGCCGGAGACAGCGAGGAUGGAGCGGUGUCCCUGCAGUAUUGGCCGGAGCGCUCGGACAUCUCAAUUCCGGAUCUGGAUAUGGGUUGGCCAGACAGCUCUUCCUACCGAGGCGUAACUCGGGUCAACGUGUACACACAACCGCCAUUGGAGGGACAGCAACAUAUCAAAGAAGUAGUUAGAAAAACUAUCGCGCAAGCAAAUAAGGUUAUUGCAGUGGUUAUGGACUUGUUUACAGAUGUGGACAUCUUCAGAGACCUGUUGGAUGCCAGUUUUAAGCGGAAGGUGGCGGUGUACAUAAUCUUGGAAGCUAGUGCAGUGCCACACUUUCUGAGCAUGUGUGGGAGGGCCGGAAUGCACAGGGGACACCUGAAGAACCUAAGAGUCCGCUACAUUGGAGGGACAGAGUUCUACACGCGGUCGUCAAAGAAAGUGCACGGCUCCAUGAGUCAGAAGUUCAUGUUUGUGGAUGGAGACCGAACAGUGUCUGGGUCAUACAGUUUCACCUGGAUGGCCUCCAGACUGGACAGAAACCUAAUCACAGUGCUCACGGGCCAGGCUGUGGAGACCUUUGACAAACAGUUUAGAGAGCUCUACCUGAUGUCUAGGGGUGUGAACCUCAGCAAGAUCAAUCUGGAGGAUGAGCCUGAACCCGAGCCCCUCCCACAGGCUGCACCUGUGCCCCUCCCUUCAGCUGCCGUGGCCCGUAAACUGAUCAAUCCCAAAUAUGCCCUGGUCAGUAGUAAUGCUGUGGAGACUGGUAGCAGGACGUCCUCAGACAAGAACAGUGCCAAGAACAGCAGCUCAAACAACCCCAUGAUAAAAGUCCCCCUGCGUGCAAAAAUAGAGCCAGUGGAGGCCCCGCCACUCCACCCUGGACUCGUCAACCUGGAGCGCGCAUACUUGAUUCACUACCUUCCGACCUGGCCUGAACCCGACCCGCCCAGUGACGUCAUCGGCUUCAUCAACAUCCGGGACUCCAACAAGCCCAUGCAGGCCCACCUCAUGCGCUCGGAGCUGUUUGAAAUCUCGCAGGCUGUCCGCUUCAAGGAUCCCUUCGUUCUUCCCCAGGAGUCACUGCCUGAGAAGGCCGUCCCCAGAGGGAAAACUGAAAACCCCACCACUGAUGCCCCAGCUGUCCCAGAGCAACAGCAAGCACAGCCCCAACUCCAAAAGACCCAUGGUGAGACAGAGAAGAGCGUGCAGCCUUCGAAUCAAACGCAAAGUCCAGGAGACAAUCAGGGAAGGACGGACAUGCUGCCUCCACCAGUCCCUAAACCCAGAACUGUUCAACUUGUCAUCAGUGACACCGCUUCUAAAGAUGCACCUGAUGUCGCUAUGGUGAAAAUGCCCUGCACAGACAUUUCAACACCACAAACUAUAGGGAGCCAUAAUCCUGGUCAGACCUCAGACAAACACUCAGAUCCAUCUGACAAUACACUAACUGCAGUCAAAGCACCAAGUGAAACAACUGACAAUACACUAAUUGCAGUCACACCACCAAGUGAACCAACUGACAAUACACUAAUCUCAGUCACACAACCAAGUGAACCAGGAACAGAAGACGAAGGAGAUGGAGAUGUGGACCUGGAUGAUCAGGAAGAGGAGCUGAAAGCAAUCGGGACAGAGGCUGACAGCAAUGAGGCUGGCAACGCUGAGGUCCCCCAUACCCAGUCCCCCAGGGAUGAAUCCAACAUCUCUACACCAUCAGAUGAAUAUUUUGAGUGCAGCGAAUCUGACAUUUUGGAAUCCAGGAUUGAGCUCAUAGCUAAUGGAACACACACUGGUUCUGGGCGUUUUGAGGACCACAGACAGUCCGAUGGAUUGAAUGUCAUGGCCAGGUUUUCCCAGUCCAUGCUAGAUUUGCGACCAGAGAACCAGCUGCAGCUGCAGCAGAAAGCAGUACACACCCAGAGAGCACUGGCAGACAUCCGCCUAGCCCUGGAGAGGAAGGAGAUACAGGUGCACCAAAAAUUGCCCUGUGGCAAUGGAAGGAAGCUGUAUCAGACUUCAUCCAGAUCCCCAGCCAGCACCAUCCGUGGUGAGUGGGAAAGCCAGGGGCGGGGGACCGCUAAGGUGGUGCUUGCCAAGCCUGGAUGCUACCAUCGCCCAGCAAAAGCUGCAGGGCCUGUCAUAGGCGGCCACAAGUACUGGCAGGGCAAACUGUUCAGCCAGGACAAGUCAUCCAGCGGUCGCUGCUCCCCUAACAGACUAGCUCAGAUGCAGCUGGCAAACUCUCGGACUGGGCGUUCCCCUAGCCGCCACGGCUCCCCCUACAGGCAGUCCCAAGGACAGUCAGGAAGACCCAGCCAUCACUGCUCUCCGCAAAGGCCACAUGCUACUCAGGGAGACAGUCGAGCUCCCUUUGGCAUCUCCUUCGCCAAGCUCUCCCAGUUCAAACACUUAAAAGGGAAGAUGUCAGGUACCCCAAUGCAGAAUAAGAAGGCACAGCUGGGGCAGAAGGGAACCUCUUAGCUGCACAGCUUCAGGCCCUUUCUCCUACUUUCAGCGGGAAGGAUGAAACCGCACCCUUCAGAAGAACACCCUGCUUUUUGCUAAGCGGGGAAGAUCCAAUGCAGGGAGCUCUCUCAUGUAUUAUGGUUGGGUAUCUACUUUUUCUUCACAUG